UGCCAUGGCGCAAAUUAGCAUGUAGUAGUAGUGGGGUAGAAACAGCAACUUGGUAACGUGUACCAUUGUGUAUUUUGGGUGGAAACGUGAGAGCCUCCACAAAACUAGCUGGUGGCUACCCUACGCCAGAAAGCGUAGCUUAGCAUUGGCCCCUUUACUUGAUAGUUGAGGGAACAAAAGAAAAGACAUUCUAUUUGCCUUCGUAAAAAUUAAUAUAGUAUCCGUAAGGACCGUAAGUAGUUUAGUAUAUAAACACUCUGUUUAAGGUUGCUUUCAAUGGCGAAUCAGCCCCGAACCCGCAGGAGGGUCCACGCAAUUCGCCGGGCCUCCGACGGAAGCGCCUUCCAGAAGUGUAAUUUAUGUGGGGUUUCGGUGGCGGUUGCUCUGGCUGAUAUGCACGACUGUGAAUCCAAGAAGAAUGCGAAGAGAUUCAAAGGCGAAUGUAUGAAUCGAAACAACGUAAAGCAGAGGUUUCAAGACCAACCCAGAUCGCCUUUUCGCCUUUUUAUGGAAAGCUUUUUGAAGUCUUGUAAGGCUAGACAUCGGAUUGAAGUUGAUCGUAAGGGGUUUGAGACCUGGAGGAACAUGUCAAAGAAGGAGAGGCUGCCUUAUGUUCUUCGAGCUGAAAAAGUGAACUCAGUUUACACCAAAGGUUUACUUCAAGAGGUUGAAGACAUGGCGUGGGCAGAUGAUGAGGCAGAUUCAGCUGAGGUUGGGAAGUAUGAUAAGUAUUAUGAAGAUGACUCUGAAAACUCUGAUGGGUACGAAAGCUUCUGGUCGGUAAGCAGUGAGACCGACGUCUUGUAUUGCGACCCCUUCCCCUUCAUGAAGUUUAAAUCACGUGCCCGUGCAUCCAACUGGGAGUGGUGAAAAUCCAGAUUCGAAUCGAUUUUGGUGCCAAUAAUCAGAAGGCAAGUCAUUUUGGCUAUUGUAAAGCAACAGGGUUAUAGGAUUCUAACCAGUAGUUUUCUGUUUUCGCCUUUGGUGUAGUUUUGAGAUGGGGGGGAAGUUUUUUUGUUCAAAAUGGUGAGUUUUUUGCUAGUAGCUGAUUUUGGGUAGUUCUCUUCUCUGCUGGGGGUGUAUUUGUGUUCAUGGGAGUACUUGAUGUCUCCAUUUACUUACUGAAAGACAAGGGAAGCACCAAUAUUUGCUAGUACAGACAUAUCUAUGUCUGUAGACAAUAUUGUGGAUUUUGACAAGGCUAAUUGUCUUUGCUGGAUUGGGAAAAUACUUAACUGAACUGUGCACACAA